AUGGCACUUGAGCUAGUCCUACUCAUGAUCCUCUUUCUUCUCUUAGCUAUCCCUCUUCUUCUCUUCCCAACCCUAACCUCCAAAAUAUUCCAAACCCACCUUCACCUCCCUCCAAGCCCCUUAGCCCUACCCAUCAUAGGCCACUACCACCUCCUCGGCCCUCUCAUCCACCGCACCUUCCACAAUCUCUCUCUCAGCUUCGGCCCCUUAUUCUCCCUCCGCCUCGGCUCUCUCCAAUGCGUUGUCGUUUCCACACCGAACCUAGCCAAAGAAUUCCUCAGCACCCAUGAGCUCUCGUUCAUAUCCCAUGCUCAGUCCCUCGCCAUUGAAAGCAUAAGCUACAAUGCUUCCCUUGCAUUUGCACCCUAUGGAUCUUACUGGAAGUUCAUCAAGAAACUGACAGUGAACGAGCUUCUAGGCAACCGUAGCAUCAACAACUUAGUUUCCAUUCGGACCCAAGAGUAUCUUAGGCUUCUGAGGUUCUUGGCCAAGAAAGCUGAGAGUGGUGAAGCUGUGAAUCUCACUGAGGAGUUUCCAAAGCUUUGGAACAAUGUGACCGUGCAGAUGAUUGUUGGGAAUCGGGGUUUGAGCGCCGAAGGUAGGGCAGCGCGGGCGGAGGAGGCUGGGGUGGUGGUGAGGCAGGCCACGAGGCUUUUUGGAGAGGUGAGUUUGUGUGAUUUUUUCUGGGUUUGUAAGAAGUUGGAUUUGAGAGGGUUUGUGAAGAGAAUUGAGGAGACGCAUAGGAGGUUUGAUGUGUUGGUGGAGAAGGUAAUUAGAGAACGAGAAGAGUUGAGAAAGAAGGAGCGGAUGGAAGAACAUGGUGGAGAGAAGGAGGAGGAAGUUAAGGAUUUUCUUGAUACUUUGCUUGAUUUGUUGGAGGAUGGGAGUGCUGAGGUUGAAUUUACAAGAAUACACCUUAAGGCUCUAAUUACGGAUUUAUUCACUGCUGGAACAGACACAAAUGCAAUUUCACUAGAGUGGGCAUUGGCAGAACUCAUCAACCACCCAAGAGUGCUCAAGAAAGCAAGGGAGGAGAUCGAUCGAGCCAUCGGAAAUCAAAGAGUAGCCGGAGAAUCGGAUGUUCCAAAUCUUCCAUACAUCCAAGCCAUCAUAAAAGAAACAUUUAGACUACACCCACCAGUGCCUUUGGUCCCAAGAAACUCUGUACAACAAUGUAAGAUUGGGGGAUAUGACAUCCCUACAAACACAAUGCUAUAUGUGAAUGUUUGGGCCAUUGGAAGGGACCCAAAGAACUGGGAAAGCCCACUAGACUUCUGCCCUGAAAGAUUCUUGCAACUCAGUGAGGAUGGUGGCCAGAUGAAUGCAGUGGAUGUUAGGGGCCAACACUUUCAACUCCUGCCAUUUGGGUCUGGGAGGAGGGUGUGUCCUGGUGUGAACUUGACCAUGAAAAUGUUGCCUGCGGUACUUGCGGCUUUGAUUCAGUGCUUUGAUUGGAAGGUUGAUGGGUCUGAUUGCAAGAAGAUGAAUGGUGAUGAUGUUCUUGAAAUGGAUGAACGCCCUGGAUUGACUGCUCCGAGGGCGCAUGAUCUUGUGUGUGUUCCUGUUGCCCGCUUCAGCCCACUCAACAUCCUUGACCCAUAA